AUGGUGUUUGGUGAGUUUUUCCAUCGCCCUGGACCAGAGGAGGAACUUGUCAACUUGAACGUGGGGGGCUUUAAGCAGACGGUCGACCAGAGCACCCUCCUGCGCUUCCCUCACACCAGACUUGGGAAGCUGCUCAGCUGCCACUCAGAAGAGGCCAUCCUGGAGCUGUGUGAUGACUAUAGCGUGGCCGAUAAAGAGUACUACUUUGAUCGCAACCCCUCGCUGUUCAGAUACGUCUUGAACUUCUAUUACACGGGGAAGCUGCACGUCAUGGAGGAGCUGUGCGUGUUCUCAUUCUGCCAGGAGAUCGAGUACUGGGGCAUCAACGAGCUCUUCCUGGAUUCCUGCUGCAGUAAUCGCUACCAGGAGCGCAAGGAGGAGAACCAUGAGAAGGACUGGGACCAGAAGAGCAACGAUGUGAGUACCGACUCCUCCUUCGAAGAGUCGUCUCUGUUUGAGAAGGAGCUGGAGAAGUUUGACAAGCUGCGAUUUGGCCAGCUCCGGAAGAAGAUCUGGAUCCGGAUGGAGAACCCAGCCUACUGCCUGUCGGCCAAGCUCAUCGCCAUCUCCUCCCUGAGUGUGGUGCUGGCCUCCAUUGUGGCCAUGUGCAUCCACAGCAUGUCGGAGUUCCAGAACGAGGACGGGGAGGUGGACGACCCCGUGCUGGAAGGCGUGGAGAUCGCAUGCAUCGCCUGGUUCACGGGCGAGCUGGCCAUCCGGCUGGUUACUGCUCCCUGUCAAAAGAAAUUCUGGAAGAACCCUCUGAACAUAAUUGACUUUGUGUCCAUCGUUCCCUUUUAUGCCACAUUGGCUGUAGACACCAAGGAGGAAGAGAGUGAGGACAUAGAGAACAUGGGCAAAGUGGUCCAGAUCCUCAGGCUCAUGAGGAUUUUCCGAAUUCUCAAGCUGGCCCGGCACUCGGUGGGACUUCGGUCUCUCGGUGCCACACUGAGGCAUAGCUACCAUGAGGUUGGCCUGCUGCUUCUCUUCCUGUCGGUGGGCAUCUCUAUCUUUUCUGUGCUUAUCUACUCCGUGGAGAAAGACGACCACACCUCCAGCCUCACCAGCAUCCCCGUCUGUUGGUGGUGGGCCACCAUAAGCAUGACGACCGUGGGCUAUGGAGACACCCACCCGGUCACCUUGGUGGGAAAGCUGAUCGCCAGCACGUGCAUCAUCUGUGGCAUCUUGGUGGUGGCCCUUCCCAUCACCAUUAUCUUCAACAAGUUCUCCAAGUACUACCAGAAGCAAAAGGACAUCGAUGUGGACCAGUGUAGUGAAGACCCACCAGAGAAGUGUCAGGAGCUCCCUUACUUUAAUAUUAGAGACAUUUAUGCCCAGCGGAUGCACGCCUUCAUCACCAGUCUCUCUUCAGUGGGAAUCGUGGUGAGCGACCCUGACUCCACAGAUGCUUCAAGCAUUGAAGACAACGAGGAUGUUUAUAACACAGCAUCCUUGGAGAAUUGCCCCCCAACGUGA